AUGGAUAGGACAAAUCCAGGAAGUACUAUUCGUAUGAAGUUCACUGAUAAUGAGGUUCCUGGACAACCAUACAGAUUUCAGAGAAUAUUCAUUUGUUUUGCUGCUUGCAAGUUCGGUUUCAAGGCUGGUUGUAGAAAAAUAAUAGGAGUGGAUGGUUGUUGGUUGAAGGGUCCAAUGUACGGAACUCAAUUGUUAUCUGCAGUUGGAAUUGAUGGUAACAAUAAUAUAUUUCCCAUUUCCCACGCCAUUGUUGAGAAAGAAAAUAAAGAGACAUGGACUUGGUUCUUGACUUAUUUGGCUAGCGAUUUGGAUAUACACGAGGAUGAGGCAAGUUGGACCUUUAUGUCCGACAAACAAAAAGGUCUCAUUGAAGCUUUUAAUGAUAUUUUACCAUAUGUUAGUCAUAGAUUUUGUGUGAGACACCUUCAUAACAACUUUAAAAGGGCAGGUUUUGGUAGCUUCUCAUUAAAAAAGGCACUCUGGGCUGCUGCAAAGGCUACUACUGUGCAACAAUUUAUUGUAUGCAUGAAUCAUAUGUUUGAGUUAGAUCCAAAUGCUGCUGCUUGGUGUAAUGAAAAAGAACCUAGUCAAUGGACAAUGGCUUAUUUCUCCUCAGAUGCUAAAUCUGACAUGUUGUUGAAUAACGUGUGUGAAGUAUACAAUAGCAUGAUACUUGAUGCUAGAGACAAGCCAAUUUUGACACUUUUGGAGAAAUUGAGAUAUCUACUCAUGGCUAGAAUGCUUGCUAACAGGGAGAAAGCAGAACAAUGGAAUCUAGGUGAUGUUUGUCCCAAGAUUAAAGAUAUAUUGCUUAAAAAUCAAAAGGCAGCCGGAGAAUAUAUUCCUAGAAAGUCAAAUCAAUGGAACUAUGAAAUUAUAGGGGCUGGUAUCAUGGAUAAUUGGGCAGUGGACUUGGAGAAGAGAAUAUGUAGUUGUAGAAAAUGGAGUCUCACUGGAAUCCCUUGCAAGCACGCAAUUGCAGCUAUUUGGGCUAAUCGAGAAGACACUCUUGAUUAUGUCCAUGAUUCCUACAUGCUGAAAACGUACCGAAAAAUAUAUGAGAAUGCAAUUUUUCCGAUGAAUGGCCCGCAAAUGUGGCCAAAAUCUAACAAACUUCCUCCGUUGCCUCCAAGGAGUUUGACAAGUACAAAGAGAGGAAGAAAGCAGAAGAAGAGAAGAAAAGAAGCUGAUGAAGUAGGAGCAAGUCGAAUAACGAUGAAAAGGAAACAAAAAUCUCUAGAUUGUAGUACUUGCCACAAGUCUGGUCACAACAAAAGGACUUGCAAAACUAAAGAUGUGCAGCUUGAAACUACUUCUUCUGUUCGUGAUAAACUACCUUGCGAAUAUGGUGCUGCUAUUUUGGUGCAAUUUUGGAGUCUGUUUUUGGAGCUUUUCUCGUUUCUAGUGCUUUCUGGUGGUGGUGUUGAUGCAAGUUUAAUGCUGAUUUAG